AGGAGCAACAUGGGGAAGCUGAAAGGGAAAGUAAUACUCGUGAAGAUCCAUUUCAACACGAGACAAAGAGUCCCAGACAACGUCCCUGUUAUAUUACUACUGAGGAAUCCAGCCAAAUCUAUAAUUUCUUACUACAAUUUUAUGAUGGGGAAAGGAUCUGUGAAGAGGCUAAGGAACGUAACCUAUGACUCGUACUUUACAGAAAACUUCAACAGGCACUUUGACCGUCAGCUUCAGAGAUGGACAAAGCUGGCGAAGGAUCGGCUCUUGCACUCUAGGAGGCUGCUGGUGAUCCCUUACGAGGAGCUGAAGAAGGACCCGAUCGCGCAGGUGCGGAGGGCGCUGGCGUUCCUGGGCGUUCCGGCGGACGAAGGGCGCCUCGAGUGCCUCCGACGGUACUCAGAGGGGCCUGCGCUGGGGCUGCAGAGACAGGUUGACCCAUACACACCCGAGCAGAAACUGGCGCUGGCGAAAGCUGUGGCUGAAGUUUCUGAACUACUUCGCGAAAGAAACUUCCCUCCACUGCCUGCUUAUGACUAAAUUUGCGCACACUCAAAAACACACACAUACACACAUG